GAUACAACAAAAUAUUGGAGUAGAUGGGAUGGCCGGCCGGCACUAUCUUUAUUCCAAAUGAUACAACAAAAUAUUGGAGUAGAUGGGAUGGCCGGCACUAUCUUUAUUCCAACUCUGAUAGAACAAAGUCCACUUUAUAUGUGCACUAGUUUUACCUUUAAUUGUGAGGCUAGAUACGAUUUGAGAAAUGGAGAAGCUUGUUUCUAACUGGUACAACAAUCGAACCUUGCCCGAGAAUUACAUAUUCCCACCAGACGCAAGACCCGGGAAGCUUACUACCGCUCCUUCUUGCGACAACAUUCCAGUGAUUGAUCUGGGCGGUGAUCAAACCUGUAUAAUUCAGCAAAUACUCAAGGCUAGCCACGAAUUUGGGUUUUUCCAGGUUAUCAACCAUGGAAUAUCAGAAAGUUUGUUGAAGGACACAAUGGGUGUGUUCAAGGAGUUCUUUGAGUUGCCUGCAGAGGACAAGGCAGCUGUCUACUCUGAGGACCCAAAAAAAAUAUGUAGACUCUUUACCAGCAGUGGAAAUUAUGAUUGGGAAGAUGUUCAUCUUUGGCGUGAUAACCUACGACACCCUUGUCUUCCUUUAGAGGAGAGCAUGCAGCAUUGGCCUCAACAGCCAAGUACAUAUCGAGAGCUUGUUGGGACAUGUUCCUCACAAAUAAGGAAACUGGCUCUGAACAUUUUGGAGCUAAUCAGUGAAGGACUUGGGCUUGGAACUGGGUAUUUUAGAGAUGAACUUUUGAAAAAUAUGUUACUCUCUGUUAAUCAUUACCCGCCUUGCUCAGACCCAAGUUUGACAUUAGGUGUAUCUAAGCACUGUGAUCCAAACCUCAUAACCAUUUUACUUCAAGAAGAACACGUAAAUGGACUUCAAGUUUUCAUAGACGGGGAAUGGAUUGGCGUGAAGCCUCUUUCUGAUGCACUUGUGAUUAACAUAGGCUAUCAGUUACAGAUAAUCAGUAAUGGGAAGCUGAAAAGUGCUGAACAUCGGGCAGUGACGAGUUCAAGUAAUGCCCGGACAUCUGCUGCAUUUUUCAUCGCACCUUCAGACGACUGCAUUGUAGAACCUGCUGGAGAUCUUAUUAAUGCAAGCAAUCCACAACUCUUUAGACCCUUUCAAUACAAAGAAUUCAUUAUGAACUAUUUUACGAAGCAGGGCAAAACUGAAGUUGUACUAGAACCCUUUAAGCUCCAUGCUUAGUUAAUUAUGAAGCUGUGACUGGGGAAAACACAAAUUUAUUUGGAUGGCAAUGGUCUCAAAUUUAUUUGGGUGGGUUAAUAAAUAUUGUAAAAUUUAGUACUUUUUAUUGGAAGUACUACCUAUGUACUAGUAUUUGUGUUCAACCAUUGCGAGUUAUGAUUGACAUUAAUUAAUCAUUAAGUUAUUUAGACUUUGAAUUCUUCCUUUGAUCAUCAAGUUACCAUUGUUCAAGGACUUCUUUGAGUUGUCUGCAUGCAGAAGAACGCUUACCAAAUUGGUCUCAAUAGCCAAUUAGAUAUCGGUAAGAAGGAGCCGCCGGGCAGUACCAUGGCACGGUACCACGACAACUAAUUGAAUUCCAACAUAUAUUUGCAAAAGUAAUUUUAAUCAACUCAAGAGUUUCUCUUGGAUCUAUAGAUUUUUCAAACCCAUCACAUAAAACAGCAAGUAAAAUCGUUAUUCAAAACUGUUAUCAGUUCCUCUUACACACGUACCCAUAACAAAAAAAAAUAACAAAAACAAAAACAAAAAAAAAAUCGUAAGUAGGAUAAAACGAAUCAAACUCCUAUGUUCUAAAUAAUCUCAACUUGAAACUCCAUCCUUCUCUUGGUAGCCCUAAUAUUACUUCUUUAACUCAAUUUGCUCCUUCAUU